ACUAUAUUUUUGGUCAACUUCCUUCAAAAACCUAAACCUGCAUACCACAUCAAAAUCUUUCCGCAGGAAUUCAUCGAUUAAGCUGUCUUUUAGGCAAUCACCUUUAGCUGCCUCUAAUUUAUAUUCCAAGUUGAACAAUGGAGCAGCAAUUUUAUUUGCUCCACGGGACACUUCAUGCAACAAUAUAUGGGGUUGAUAAGCUACAUUAUGGAUGUAAACAAAACUUUUGCUCUGGUCAGACGAUGAGCGCAAGCAAGUUCCAGAAAAGGGUUCUAGCCCGAAUCAAGAGAACGACAUUUCCAAAACAUCGAUCUUUGCAGUUCUUAGGCCCACAGCUUUAUGCAACAGUUGAUCUAGAUAAAGCGAGGGUGGGGCGAACAAGUGUGGUAAGACAUAGACCAUCCUCCCCCCAGUGGAACGAGAGCUUCCGCAUAUACUGCGCCCAUUCGAUCGAAUAUGUUAUAUUCACUGUAAAGGAUAACAGUCCCAUUGGUGCAGUACUGAUUGGCAGAGCUUAUUUACCUGUUAAGGAUAUAGUCAAUGGGGGUAUUGUGACGCGGGAUCUUGGUAUACUAGAUGAAGACCGUAAUCCAAUACCUGGACAAUCCAGAAUCCAGGUACGGUUGCAAUUUCAAAGUGUUAGCGAGGACGAAAAUUGGUCUCAAGGAAUUAAAAACCCUAAUUUCGGGGGAGUUCCUUAUACUUUCUUCCGACAGCGAGAGGGCUGCAAGGUUACCCUCUACCAAGAUGCCCAUAUUUCAGAUGGUUUCAAACCUGAAAUUCCUCUAUCUAGAGGUGAGUUUUAUGAACCUCAGAGAUGUUGGGAAGACAUCUUUGAGGCAAUUAAUAAGGCAAAACACUUCAUUUAUAUAACUGGUUGGUCUGUGUACACUGAAAUAACCUUGAUUCGGGACCCAAGAAAGGAAAAGCCUGGAAGUAAAGAAACACUUGGGGAGCUGCUCGAAAGGAAGGCUAAAGAUGGGGUGAGAGUUCUUUUGCUUGUUUGGGAUGACAGAACUUCCAUCGAAUUGCUGAAGGAGCAAGGCUUGAUGUCUACCCAUGAUGAAGAAACUGCUAAUCAUUUUCGGUACUCUAAAGUGCAUUGCGUUCUAUGCCCUCGUAAUCCUGAUAAUAAAAGAAGCUUUGUUGAAGGCUUUAAAAUUGCUACUAUGUUUACUCACCAUCAGAAAACACUAAUUGUUGAUAGUGAAAACCCGAAUCCAGGAUCAGAAAAGCGAACGGUUGUCAGUUUUAUUGGUGGCAUUGAUCUUUGUGAUGGGAGAUACGACACUCAAGACCAUCCUCUGUUCCGGACUUUGAACGACAUUCAUCAUAAUGAUUUCCAUCAGCCGAACUUCAAAGACUCUUCAAUCGGGAAAGGCGGGCCGAGGGAGCCCUGGCAUGAUAUUCAUUGCAAGCUAGAGGGUCCUGUUGCUUGGGAUGUCCUGUACAAUUUCGAACAAAGGUGGCUAAGACAAGCUCGGUGGAAGAAACAUCUCCUCUUUCCUAUACACAAGCUUCAGGAAAUGACAGUCCGACCACAAAAACUUGUGCCUUUAGAUCACAGUGAAACAUGGACUGUCCAGUUGUUUCGAUCUAUUGAUAAUGGGGCUGUUGUUGGCUUUCCUGAAGAACCAGGGCAAGCACAUGGAGUCGGCCUUGUCAGUGGAAAGAAUAACAUCAUUGAGCGAAGCAUUCAAGAUGCUUAUAUCAAUGCAAUUCGCCGAGCAAAGAAUUUUAUUUACAUAGAAAAUCAAUAUUUCCUAGGAAGCUCCUUUGGGUGGAAUUCUAGGGACAUCAAAGACGAGGAUAUUGCGGCUUUACAGCUCAUACCAAAGGAGUUAUCCCUAAAGAUUGCAAGUAAAAUUGAAGCAGGGGAGAGGUUUUCUGUCUACAUUGUAAUUCCAAUGUGGCCAGAAGGGGUACCGGAUAGUGGUCCUAUUCAGGCAAUUUUAGAUUGGCAAAGGAGGACAAUUCAGAUGAUGUAUCACGAUGUUGUCCUAGCCCUUCAAAAAAAGGGACUGAAUGAACACCCUCGAGACUAUUUGGCAUUUUUCUGCCUCGGGAACCGGGAGACAAAGAAGAAUGAAGAGUAUGUGCCUACAGAGCGACCAGAUCCUAAUUCAGAUUAUGGCAGAGCUCAACAAACUCGCCGAUUUAUGAUCUAUGUUCAUGCAAAGAUGAUGAUUGUUGAUGAUGAGUACAUAAUCAUUGGAUCUGCCAACAUCAAUGAGAGGUCAAUGGCUGGUUCAAGAGACUCUGAGAUUGCAAUGGGAGCAUUUCAACCACAUCAUUUAGCAACUACGCAACCAGCUAGGGGUCAGAUAUAUGGUCUCCGCAUGGCUCUUUGGCGAGAGCAUCUUGGAGAGCUUUGUGGGCGAGAGCUUCUUGGAGAGCUUCAUAACCGAUUCGAUUUUCCAGAAAGCCGGGAAUGUAUCGGGCUAGUGAAUGAUAUUGCUGACAAGCACUGGAAUUUGUACUCAAGUGAUACAUUUGACCAUGAUCUGCCGGGUCACCUACUCCGGUACCCCAUUAAUAUUGGUUAUGAUGGAUCAGUUUCAUUCCUUCCAGGGACCCAGGCUUUUCCUGACACCAACGCUCCUGCCCUUGGAGCCAAAUCUAACAUCCUUCCUCCAAUGGUUACCACUUAGUGUCAUAUCUACCCAUUAAAGAUAGCAAGUUUGAAAGUGUUUUCCUUGAAAAAUAGUUGUAACAAUCAUCUGUCUUAAAUUGCAGACAUUUUCUUGAUACUGCUUGUAUUAGGCUCUUGAAUAGCAAGAUUUGCAGUCAAACCCAACCAAUAAAUAAGAAAACUUUAAACCUGAAAAAAUUUUAACAAUAAAACCUGCAGCAAGCCACAUGCUCAGACUAACAAAGGCUUAUAGUCAAGAUUGAAGCAUCAAUAGCAGUUUUCCCCUAGGCAAACACAAAUGCUAGGCAAAAAUAGUUGUGCCAUGGAUCAUUUUCCUUCAGGUAUAUAU